CCAUAACGAUGUUGAUUUCAAAGUGAGAACAAAUUGUCAACACAUGGAGCAAACGAAGCUAAUUAGGUCUAAUCUAGGCCAGGUCCCCGUGCAGUUUCAACCUUUUGAUAAUAGAAGCGGACAUCUUCGUAUUGCUAAAUCUGUUUCUAUGCCAUUUUCACAUGUGGAUAGAAGGCAGCCCAGAAUGCGUUCCAGUCAAAUGCAGCAAUCUAGUUCAGUUGUUUGUCAUGUUGGUUUGAAUGCAAGGUGCUCUGCAGCGACUUCAGAGCAAACAAGAACCGUGACGCGGAAGGCUCCAACAAUUACUGGCAUUCCUGGCAAGGAGAAGGCAGCAAAACUUGAUGACGGCGGAUUUGGUUUCCCACCCUAUCAUGAUGGUAGAGGUGGCGGCGGCGGCGGUGGAGGCGGAGACAGUUCAUCAGAACGAGUGGCUGCCAAGAUGCUCAAAGUCUCCUUUGUUUCGAGUAAAGACCAGUUGGCUGACAUUCUUAUCAAACCUCUCUCUGUUGCAAGGUUCUCUGCUCUUCGAUCAAGCCUCACAAUCCUACAUGUCCCGCUUGAAUCGAGGGGGGAUAUUAAGGCAGCUUCAGCAAAUGACUCAGCCAAGCUCUCUGGACAGGUUCAUGAACAACCAAGACGCACAAUAGAGAAAUCACCUCCUAGCCAUGUCAUUCACAAGGAAUAACUGAUUGUGUAUAUUCUAGAACAUUUUCUGUUAUUCAAUACAAUGUAAUUGGCAGUCUAUAAAUAUCGAUGUAAGUCUGUACAUAGUGAUAUGAGAAAAUACAAGUCUUGUUCAGACUUUCUGUCAAGCAUCUGUAGUGCGCCUUAGUACUCCAUGAGUCUGAGAAUUUGAGAAAUAUGGGUGGCAACG